UGUUGUGCGCGCACCGCACGCAAGUGUGUAUCUUGCCUCGCCCUUUAUAACGACACACAACGUCGCGUGACGAUGGUAUAUUUUUUUUGCAUUCGAUAAAAUUCAAAAGAGUACGCUCUUUUACGUUGUCCAACACAAAUAAAAGAAAAAAAACAAUAAAGAAGACUGCAGAGUAGUUGUAUGUCUCUAGGCUUCACCUACUAAAAAUAGUCGACGGUCAGGGUGCGUUGGUAACGAGACGGUCAGAUCUGAAUAUCCACGGGCACGGGAGGAAAGCAGGCAGCAGCAUAUAGGGUUGGCGUUGAAAAAAUCGAUGUGGUGCUCGAAGGAGUAAUAAAAGCACAUACACCGCGAGGAGAUAGAGAGAGAGAGAGAGAGAACCGAAGUUUGGACGAGUUUCUGAGUCACGACGAAGAGGAAGAAGAAGAGGCGGUGUAGCAGCGGCGGCAGCAGCAGCGGCAGCAGCAGCAGCAGCACCACCACCACCACCACCACCAGCACCAGCACCAUCAGCAGCACCACCAGCACCAGCACCAGCAACAGCAGCCACAGCGGCAAUAGCAGCAGUAGCGGCGGAGGCGGCAGCGGCGAGCUGGAGAUGAAUAGCAAGAGCGACGUCAACAGGCGGGUCCUCGCGAUCCAGGCCAAGAAGAAACGACACAAGCCUAGCAAGCGCAAGGGCAAGGGUAGCUCCAUUGUUACGCCAGCUAACAAUGCCAAUUACGAUGCUACAAACGAAGCUGCUUCCAAUAGAGAACGACCUCAAGAUAAUCUCAGUGAUAUCCAGGUCCAGGUACAGAAUAAACCACAGCAGGAACCCAAGAGUCUAAGUCAAGACACUUCUUAUAGAUACUCCGGUGGCAAUGGCAGCAGACUGGAGCCAUGUCAUAGCUCGAGCAACGAGACCAUUGAAGACGAGGACGAGAUGUUUAGUAGCGAGGAUGACGAACAGGAGGAUAGCAGCGAUUAUUGCAAAGGCGGCUAUCAUCCAGUCAAAAUUGGCGAUUUCUUCCUCAAUCGUUAUCACGUCACGAGGAAACUUGGCUGGGGUCAUUUCUCCACUGUCUGGCUGUGCUGGGAUUUACAGGACAAGCGGUUUGUAGCUUUAAAAGUAGUGAAAUCGGCGUCGCACUUCACGGAGACAGCGCUGGACGAGAUCAAGCUGCUGAAGGACGUGCGCGACACAGAUCCACAAGAUCCGAAACGCAACAAAACGGUACAACUGUUGAAUGACUUCAAGAUCAGUGGUGUCAAUGGUCUCCACGUGUGCAUGGUGUUCGAAGUGCUUGGGCACAAUUUGCUCAAACUCAUCAUUAGGUCCAAUUACCGGGGUAUCCCCAGGAACAACGUGCGACGAAUUAUUCGACAAGUUCUUGAGGGAUUAGAUUAUUUACAUAAUAAAUGCCAAAUAAUUCACACUGACAUAAAGCCAGAAAACGUGCUGGUCUGCGUGGAUGAGGCUUAUAUAAGGCGAUUAGCGACUACGGCGACGGAGUUACAUUCGUUGGGGCUGAAAUUGCCGGCAUCUUUGGUAUCUACGGCACCAAAAGAAUUUCAAGAGCCAACCACUCAAGGCAAGAUGUCUAAGAACAAAAAGAAGCGCCUCAAGAAGAAGGCUAAGCGACAGAACGAACUGCUUAAGAAGCAGAUGGAGCAGAUAGAAGAGAUGGAAGAGCUCAACAAGUCUGGCGAUGGUGUUGCUAAUGCUGACGCUGAUACCAAGAACGUGGCUGGCCACAAAGAAAACGGUGAGAUAGCAGUGACAACACCAACAUCGACUAACAACGGUGGCGAUAACAGCGCUGAGCUAAAUACGGAAAGCAUCGAGGAGCAAAUUGAGAGCAAUAAAGAGUCUCCCUUGGAAGCUUCUGAAUCAACGUCAGUGUCAUUGAUGCUCGUCAAUGGUAUUGACACUCCAAUAGCGUCCAACGAAACAACAAAAGUCGCGGUUGAAAAGGAUGCUGAGUUUACAGCUAUGGCCGAAGAGAACGAAAAUGAGAAUGAAAACGAUAAGGAGGAGAACAAAGUGGUCGAGAAAAAUAAGAAUCCCGAGGCUGAUGGAAAGAAAGACGAUGAGGUGAAUGCUAAUGAUGGAGAUGCUGAUUCGUUAGGAGAUGGUGAAAACGCAGGACGUGACAGGAAACAGUUGAAACGUGCGUCGGUAGCGCCACUCGAUCCAGCAUUAGUCGACUGUGAAGUGGAGGUGAAAAUCGCUGAUCUUGGCAAUGCCUGUUGGGUACACAAGAAGUUCACUGAGGAUAUACAGACUCGUCAAUAUCGCUCUCUUGAAGUCCUUCUUGGCGCUGGUUAUAACACUUCUGCCGACAUAUGGUCCACUGCUUGCAUGGCUUUUGAACUUGCUACUGGUGAUUACUUAUUCGAGCCACAUAGCGGCGAUGAUUACUGCAGAGACGAAGAUCAUUUGGCUCACAUAAUUGAAUUGCUGGGUGAAAUUCCACGCCGUAUAGCAUUAUCAGGACGUCACUCUCGCAAUUUCUUUAACAAGAAAGGCGAGCUAAAGCACAUAACAGGAUUAAAACCCUGGGGUUUGUACGAGGUGUUGACAGAGAAAUACGAGUGGUCCUUAUCAGAAGCGCGUGAAUUUGCUGAUUUCCUCACGCCUAUGUUAGCCUUCGAUCCGAACGAACGUGCAACCGCAGCCGAGUGUUUGAAACACUCGUGGUUACAGAUUAAGUGAAUGGAAUAGUAAGAAGUAAUGCAUCAAAGCAAGUAGCUCGCAAAUUGUACAUUGUGAAGAAGAAGAAUCGAGAGAAAGGAAAGAGAGAGAGAGAGAGAGAGAGAGAGAGAGAGAGAGAGAGAGAGAGAGAGAGAGAGAGAGAGAGAGAGAGAGAGAGAAAUUGUAAUUGUAAAUGUCGCCAGUGAUAAAAUGAAGAAGCUUCCAAGGCAGCAGCUGUGACAUUCCUGCCGUACUGAUUCAUUCAUAUACACUCACAUUAAGACAUACGUACACGUAACAUUGAUUUACACACUAUAUUCGAGGGCGUUCUUUUUUAUAUUUGUAUACGUGGCGUUGCUUUCGAUAAACAAAAAUACAAUAACAGCAUCAUAAACCCUCAGCAUUUAAAGAAGGCACAUAAACAAACCCAUAUAUUUGAGAAUACUCAUUUAAACUAUGAAACAGCCUUCGUUUCGCGCGUCUUCCGUAGGCGCUUAAAGUAGAUUCAUUCUAUCUCACAUAUACGCACACGUACCUUAAUACACAAUUACACACGUACAUAAACGAUACACCCACGACAAUGGAAAAAAUGUUGAGUAAUAGAUUGUAAACGAACACGACAAAUAUAUAGGAUUAUCCUGCCAUUUGGAAAUCUCUCUAUGUGAAAAAUACACACUGUUUAUUUCAUUUUUUAUUAUAAUUAUUUACUAUGGAUAAACGCGUAGGAUUAACGUUUCAUUUCUUCUCCUGUUUAUUUGUGAUCCAUCAACUCUGUUUUCUUUUGUUUAAUUAUAUUUCAUGCCAAGACUCUCUUUGAUUAUUACUGCACGUGUGUAAAAACAAAAAAGUGAUGAGCGCCAGACGCGUCUUCACGUCCGUACUAUUUUUCCUAAGUGUAAGAUAACCCACUUUGGAGGUAUAUAAAGCGUGGUGUAUCCUUAGGUUUGACCGAGAAAAAAAAAUUAUGAUUAAUAAAAAGAUUAAAAAAGAAAAUGCAGAAUUAACGCUAUCGUUAGUGACUUAGAAUUUAGGCUAUUAUCUCCCCCCUAAAAGUGGACAUUUGUAUUUAGCGUGAGGCAUAAGUUUGUAUAGUUGGAAUAAUAAUCUCUGUUCUCUCUUGAAAGCGCCCGUUGGCCAGACACUUCGAUUGAACCGCAUGUAUCUCGACACUUCAUAAUCUUGUCUUUUCGAUUUUUUGUAUAAUCAGCUUUGUUGUCUCUUUGUCAUUCGUCGUGCGCGUGGAGCUUUGACUAUUGUUUUUGUAUAUAUAUAUAAUCGACAAUCCAAAAAAGCAAUAAUUUCAUUUUUUCCCUACAAAACGUAGAAGUGGUAUGUCUGACGAAGUGCCUUGCCACCGGCUUAUAUGAUACUUUUUUUCGUUCUGAAAAUUUUUAUUUUUUAUGAUGUGGAGAAGCAUCGAAACAUGUGUAAAAAAAUAAUGAUGAUGAUAAGAGUUAUUACGGAAGGAUGUAAGUAGAGCAUGUUGAUGAUUCUUACCGACUCUCAUUUCUCUUCCUCGCAAAGAUGAAGACGUUUUUGUUACACGAUGUACGGAUCAUUCAAAUAACGACAUUCGUAAAAUUAUUGCGUAAAUAAAGCAUGAUGAAAAAUUCA